AUGCCCAACCUUGGAGGACCCUCACAGUCUAAGAGAACGCUGCUAAUGUCUGUGGUGAACAGCAGGCUGCUGUACGCCUGUCCAACGUGGGCGGAAAGAACAUGCAAGUACGCUAUCUGUCGAAACCUUAUGAUUCGGGCACAGAGGAUUGCGGCUCUCAGAGUCACGAGGGCGUACCGCACAGUCUCGGCUGAGGCAGCCUUAUUCCUGGCGGGAACUCCUCCGGGUGAUCUUCUUGCUUUGGAACGCAAAAGAGUCCGAAGUAAACUUGACGACCCGGACAGAGCCGAUUUAAAGGUUGAGAUCCGGAGAGCAGAGCGAGACAUCCUGCUUGCUGCCUGGUCGAACAGAUGGAGUCGGGGCGUUAGAGGAGCCUGGACGCGCACGAUUCUUCCGGACCUGAUAAGAUGGACGAAAAGGUGUCCCAAAUACCUCACGUUUCAUGUAACGCAGGCUCUUACGGGACACGGGUGUUUCAGGUACUACCUACACAGGAUGAAGCGCGCCCCUGAUGCGGCCUGCCUGUAUACUGCCAACACCCGGAGGACACUGCGGAACACACGAUAUUUGAUUGUGCUUACUGGGAUCCGCUUCGGCUGCCUGUGA